ACCAUAUUUACUAUAAAUAAGCCAAAGAUAUUUCUCUUAAACACCGCUUUUAUAAACUCCCUUCUCCAUAUCCGAGAAGUGGCUUAAACCCUAGCCGCUCCUCAUUUCGUUUCUCUUUCUCUCUCCUUAAACCCUGAAACUUCCUCUCGCUCAGAUUUGUGAAUUUGUCUGCACAAAUGGCUUUCUGCAACAAACUCGGUGGUCUGUUGAGGCAGAGCAUUUCCACGGGAAAUGCAGUAAGUGCAAAUUCACCAACUCCAGCAAUGCUUAAUGCCAUCCGGUGCAUGUCAUCAAAGCUUUUUGUUGGUGGUCUUUCAUGGGGAACAGAUGAUCAGUCACUGAAAGAGGCCUUUACUAGCUUUGGUGAUGUUGUUGAUGCAAAGGUAAUCAUUGACAGAGAUUCUGGCAGAUCAAGGGGAUUCGGAUUUGUGAACUUCUCAGAUGAAGAUUGUGCAAAAGAAGCUAUGAACGCAAUGGACGGUCAGCAACUCCAUGGAAGGAAUAUCCGUGUUAAUUUAGCCCAAGAGCGUGCCCCUAGAAGUGGUGGAUAUGGCGGUGGAUAUGGUGGUGGUGGUGGCGGCGGCGGAUAUGGUGGGGGCUAUGGUGGUCAAGCUAGAGAUAACGAUGCCUUCUAAGUUUUAUCUUCGCUAUUAGCUGUCAUGUGUGCAUGACAAUAUUUAUCUUAGUAGAGAGGACUCAGUGUGAUAGCUUUUGUUGAAUUUAUCUUUUAAAACUUCUUUUCAGCAAGGUUUUUUUAGUAUCAAUAAUUUUUCCAUAUUUUAUCACAAAGUCAUUUGUGUCCUAGAUGCUGUUUAUUGUAAUCAAUAUUCAACUAUGCGGCACUUCUCAAUAUUGUUCUUUUAUUUAUAGUGAAGAUGAUAAUUAAUUGAGUUCAAA